GGAGAAGGCGUGGCCAGAAUGGGGCAGAUGACGUCAGGGAAUGAUGAACGCCACUGGGCUGUUGGACUUGCUUCGCCGUUAAACCUUAGACGGUGGGGAAGGGGGUGGAGCUUUUCCUGUGAAUGCACGAGAUUUGAAAAUGGAAGCCGAGGCUAGUUUAACGGUUUCUAGCCCAGCUUCUUUCCCUCGACGGUCGAGUCCCGCGACGGCUGAUUCGGUUGAGGGUGGUUCAGUCCGCCAUGGCUCGCCGGUAUCUUUCCCUGAGGUGGAGAAAGUCGCCACUGGCUGGAUGCUGGAUUUCGCUUGCCGCAGUCUGUGCCACCAUUUUUGUGAGGGCAACUGGAGAGACUUCGAGAGUAGCCGAGACCUGGCACUGACUGUUAUCAAAGGGCUACGCAGAACAGAGACUCAUCAAGUGAAAACAGUGUGCCUUUGUCAGCUGUUGGCAUAUGUUGCAGAAGGAAAAUCAGUUGAUUCUCACUUUGAGGAUGACCAAAGAUCUUCACCACUGGAAAUUGCUCUGUCGAUUUGGACUUCAUUUCUAAAAGCACAAAGCAAACAAGAUAAGCUUCUUGAAGACAUCAAGUGCUUAAUUCAGAUUCAGGCUAUAGCUGUGUUUAUGGAAAAAGGAUACUUUAAGGAGUCUACAAAAGUCCUAGAAAGAAUAUUUCCAGAAUCUCUCUCAAGUGAGCCUUUGCGAAUGAAGCUGGCUGCAAUAACAAAACAGAAAGAUCCGUAUCAUCCAUUUCUCCAGUGUUUCAGUUUUAAUCUUUUGACUAAGAGAAUCAAAUCUUACAUCAGUACUUUCUUGAGUGAAGAAUCUAAUAAUUUUCUAAUGAAGGAAGCUACAAAAGAGGUAGAAGCUAGAUGUUCAGAAAAAAUAAUGGUUCACUUACAAUGUGACAGUGUAACUGAAGCAAACAAAGAAAACUACUUAGAAACUACACAAAGAUCAUACAAACAAUCUUGUUCCUUAACUAGUCGAGCAUUUGUGGAUCCAGGGCAACUAUACUCUUCUCCAAGAAUGAAAAUUAGAAAAGGAAGUGCUCUUCCAAGUAAGAAAGUGCUGCAGAACAUGGAAAAUGGCGAGCAAGAUAGUGAAUUUCGGUCAACAGGUCAUAAGAGACAGCAAUGGCGUUGGGAAGAAGACCAGAAAUUGAAAAAUGGUGUACAGAAGUUUGGAGUAGGAAACUGGACUCAAAUUCUUCAACAUUAUGACUUCAAUCAUCGAACAAAUGUAAUGUUAAAAGACAGAUGGAGAACGAUGGCGAAACUAGGCAUGGUUUAAGCCAAAUACUUUGUUUGUUAGCUCUUCCCUAAGUCUUCCUAUUUUAAUCUAUCUUGUCAGGGGACACCCUUGCAGCAGAACAAUGAAACCCAUUUUGUAUAAUUAUGUUUAAGAAGAAAAAUCAAUUCUGGCAUAUUUUCCUAAAUAGUCUUGGGAGUGGAUGAGGGAUAAAAUUGGGAUUGUACCUGGUUAUCAGCCAAAUAAAAUGAUUUGACUUGG